AUGCCAGUUUCGCCACAACGGCCACAGCGUCUACUUGUGCCAGUCCAGGCUGCGCCAGUGCGCCGCCGUCGAAGCCGCGAACUCACCACCGCCACCGCUACGACACCUCCAGCCUCUGUACCGCAGCCGCAGCACGCCGCUCUUGAGGGCACAUUUGAAGCUGUUGCUGUGAGGCAUGGCGUGCGGUGGAAGGCUGCCUGCGUAGUUGCUGUUGCUCUCCUUGCCACGGUUGUGGUUGCUGCGCUCCUCCCGAGUAACGUACUGCACCACAGCCACCAGGCGAGCGGUGCUGGCGCCAACGCCAACACACAACUCAGCGCACGCACCACCACAACAGCAACAACAACCACAACAACCACCACAACAGUAGCAGCCACAACAUUAGCAGCAUCAACGACGGCUCUAUCUAGCCCUGCUACCCCGUCAGAACAGUGCGUGCACGAUGAGUUUGACGCAGUGGACACAAUCACCGGUGUUGGUCGGUUCAGUCACAGCAACAAGAACAACAACUUUUUUUUCACAAGCACGCCGUUGUCAUCUGAUACGUCAUCAUUGAACGCAACCAUCUGCGGGGGCGACGUGGACUGGUACCAGAUCCCUGUGUGCGCCCAUGCCACAGUGGUCAUUGAGAUUGAAUCGCUGCAUGCCAUUCGUGGCCAGCUGUUCUUCGCUGACGGCACCCCUGUUCCCCAGUCCAAUCGCGCCACAACACCACCAACCGAAGCAGCAGCACCAGCAGCACCAUCGCCACCAACAGCACCACCAACAGCACCACCAACAGCACCAGCACACGACGACACCGGAAGCACCAUCACAACACUCGUGUACACUCGAGCUGUGGACUACACGCCGACCAACCUCCUGCUGUACGUGUACGGCGUCCAUGGAGCCGAGGGUGCCUACACCGCGCACCUCAACGUCACGUGUCUUCCGCCCCCGUGUGAGGGCACCACUACACGGCAGUUGGACUGCUCCAACACCGAGUCCCGCCAAGCCAUUCGCGCCCUGCGUGUGUGUGAGGUGGCAGAGGUGGUGGAGUGCUGCUGCGACGAGUUUCGCGCCCUCAGGCGCGUGAGUGGCGACGUUCAUGUGGCGCGCGCGGCAACAGCACUCGACUUUGGGUGGGUGACGCAAAUUGGCGGCAGAGUGUGGGCCCGCGGCAUUUCCGGUCAUACAGGCCAGCUCACGCUCGUCCGCGGUGACCACCUCCAGAGCAUCGGCGGCGAGGUGGCCAUCGACCACAACCCAGCCCUGACCACCAUCUCCUUUGCACGGCUGAUCCGUGUGGACGGUGCCCUCCGCAUUCGCUUCAGCCCCGCGCUGCUUCGCGUCGACUUCCCAGCGCUCGAGUCCACUCACGUUCUCGACGUCCACCACAGCGAUCGCCUCAACCGCCUUGCAGCCGACGCACUCACGCAUGUGGGCGACAGCUUGUACGUGUAUGCAAACCCUAUGCUGGUGCACCUGUCACUGCCGCGGCUGUGCGACGUUGGCGUCGAGUUUCGCGUCGACACCCACGCCAGCCUGACCGCCAUCACCGCGCACGCACUGACGCGAGUGGGCAGUGUGGUGCGCAUUCACUCCAACGUGGCCGUCACCAGCAUUGGGUUCGAGAGCCUUGCAUCUGCGGGGGCGGUUUAUAUCCACGACAACACCCGCAUGGCCAAUCUCACCAUGGCACAGCUCACAGCGGUGCACGGCACCACGCUCGUGUACAACAACAAUGCACUCACCUCGCUGUCGCUCCCAAGCCUGCUCGAUGCGGCUGCGACCGUGCAAAUGAGCGACAACCCGGCCCUGCGCACCAUCAGUCUGAGUGCCGUCACCCGUAUUGCCGGCACGCUCGACAUCCACAGCAACGCUGCGCUGGUCGACGUCCACCUGCCAAAUCUGACCAGCGUUGACCACAGCAUUGUCUUGCACCACAGCAGCACGCUUACCAGCAUCGACCUGCCUGUGCUGUGUUGCGUUGGCGGUGCGUUGAGCGUGCACGGCCAUGCGGCCCUCACGAGCUUGGACCUGACCCCGCUCCAUGUCGUGGGCGGUGACAUUGUUGUGAGCAGCAACACAGCGCUUCACAUGAUCGCGGGCCUCAGCAACAUCAGCGCAAGCGGCGUCAAGCUCAGUGGCAACAGCAACCUGGCCCGCGUCAGCUUUGACGAGCCCCAGCUUCAGCUGAUCACUGGGCUCUACCUCAGCUCCAACCCCGCCCUCACCGGCGUUGACCUUGCAUGUUUCACCACCCUGCCCGCGCUGAGCGUACGCGACAACAUGGCAUUGACCAUCAUGUCCUUUGACAACAUCACCAGCGUUGCUGGGCACGUCGACCUCAGCAGCAACGCCCUGACCAGUGUGAGUGCUGCGCAUCUCACUGCCAUUGGUGGUCACCUGCUCUUGCACAGCAAUGCGCUCACCGGUUUUCCGCUGAAACACGUGGACGUGGUUGGUGGCGACCUGGUUCUGAGCAACAACAACAUCACCACACUUGACGUCGCAGCCCUGCUCGCCACCGUGCGUGGUGCCGUGAGGCUGGACAACAACGUCAUCACGCGACUCGUGGCUGGGGCCCAUUAUCCCGCCGUCCUCACCAACACCCUGGACCUGAGCAACAACGCCCUCGCUGCCGUCGACCUCGGCAACAUGACGGCUAUCGAGGCAGACUUGUUGCUCGCUGGCAACACGCGGCUGCACCCGGGCAGCGUGCGCUUUGGUGCGCUCACGUCAAUCACGGGCACGCUCAGCCUGGCCGGGUGCGGCUUCUCCGGCAACAGCACCGCCUUUCUGCGCGGCGUGCAGACCGUUGGCGGCGACCUUGUGCUGAGCGACAACGCCUUUACCAGCGUGGACGUGGAUACGCUGCCGAGCGUGGCCGGCACGCUCAAGCUGGCCCGCAAUGGGCUGACGGCACUCACGUUUGGCGCUAUGACGCGCGUGGCGGGUGGGAUUGAAGCGCCGCAGAAUGCGCUCACCAUCGUCGACUUUGCGCGCGUGACCCAUUUUGGUGGGGAAGUCAGCUUUGCCAACAACCAACUGACGACGCUGCAGCACUUUGAGGGCGUCGCGUUUGUGGGCGGCAGCCUGGACUUCUCUGGCAAUGCCCUGGCUAGCAUCGACCUCAGCAGCCUUGGCGACACGUUUGCACGCUCCAUCAAGCUGCACAACAACGCGCUCACAGCCGUCAACCUUGGCAACCUGACCAGCGUGGGCCACAUGCUCAGCCUUCACAACAACGCACUGACGCAGCUUGACCUGAACAGACUCGUCACUCUGGGCGGGGUCUUGCAACUACAGAACAACGCCCUCACCAGCAUAGCGUUCAGCCCGGCAAUGACACGUGCCGCCAGCCACGUCUUCCUCAACGACAAUCGCUUGACCACAGUUGACUUUGGGGGACUGCAAACCAUUGGCGGCGCUCUCCGUCUCGACAACAACGCGCUCACCACCAUCAACUUUGGCACUCUCACCCGUAUUGAUGCAGGCCUGGACCUGAGCAGCAACAACAUCACAGGCGCCAUUGACCUGUCGCAGUUGACCGUAUUGUUGGGUCCCAUCUGGCUCGACGACAACCCGCACCUCGCCACCGUCAACUGCAGUGGCUUUGGCACGUCGUUAACCGUGGACAACGGUGUUGGCUUGUCGCAGUGUCCCGACUCUGUGUACUUUUAUUGA